AUGACUCCGGUUACCACGCUCACCGACACCAACCCGCCAAAACUGCGCACUUUGGGCUCUCCCGCGGGAAUCUGGUUCAAUGCUCGAAGCAAGCCCAAGCUCUUCCAGAUUACUCUAAGGGGGUUGAUUGAAAUUUCAAGACCCUUUCAUGUCGACAGCAAUUUGCUCCAGUCCGUGCCUCUACCCACGAUUAGUGGCUCUCAGAAUGUACCGGCAAUAUAA